CGUAUUCUUAAUGAUGGAAGUGUAGUUUUUAUUGUUUUACUAAAAAGUGUUUCCACGAAAUGAAAUGGACGUAUUUGUGUUUGUGUAUGUGUUUAUUUAUGGGAGAGAUCGAAUGCGGAGGCCAAAUAUGGCUCAAAUUGGUCAGUUUCCAGAACAGACGAAGUUUAGAUGCUGCCGGUUUUUUGUGUGACCAUCAUUGGGGGGUUAAAACCUCGGAUUGCGAUCACAAAUUUAUAAUAUGUGUAGAUAACAUAAAUGGAUAUGAAAGCACGAACGUGUGUAGCUAUGGCCGUUGGAGUACAGAUAUUAUACGUAACGCAGAUUAUAUCACAUUUGGGAAAGAUAUUAGACUCUAUUCAAAUCCAAAGACUUUCUCAUUUCACAAAUGGACAGGAUCUUGUAAAUUAAAAAUAGAUGUAUACGACCACGAUACUUUAGAAGAUGAUUAUGUAGAUUCUAUGACCGGACACUACAUCAUGGAGAGACCAUAUUACAAUGAAACAAAUGCAAAACCUAAAACUUUGAAACUUUCCAACAGAGUAAGGUAAGAUACCCUUAGGGAGCUGCC